AGUAGCCCACCACGUGAUGAAUACACACCUGUAGGCGCGCGACGCGUACUCGCGCAGUGUAGAGCACGCAUGCGGCCACGCGCUCACUGUGUUUGCGUUCGUUACCACUGUCUUCAUCGGGAUCAGGCUGUUCAUCACACAAGUUCCAGUUGGAUUUCAGUAUGCCGAGCAAAAAACACAGGCCUUCUACGCACCAGUCAGGUGGUAGCAAACACCAUAGCAGCAGACACAGGCACAGUGAGCUAAUGUCCAACCCAGCCUUUUCCUACUACCCACGAGAGAAGAUGCUUCACUUCUAUAGCUGGACUUCACCACCUGGUGUGAUGAAGAUAAUGUGUAUUAUCAUCAUCAUCAUGUGUGUGGCUGUGUUUGCCUGUGUGGCUGCCACACUGUCCUGGGACUACGAUAUGAGCCUCAUGGGUCUGGGAGGUGGAGCUGGCUUAAUGCCAGGUUAUGGCGGCUCUUAUGGUGGCAGCUCAUAUGGAGGCGGCUCUGGCAUUGGCGGAUCCUAUGGCUAUGGAGUAACACAAAUGGAUCCCAAAGCUGGCAAAGCCUUCAUCAUCGCCAUCGCUGGCAUUACCUUUAUAGCUGUGCUCAUCAUAUUUGUGUUGGUUGUUUCGAGGCAAACUACUGCCCGCUUAUCAAAGUUCUACUUAGCAACCAUCAUCAUCUGUGCCAUUUUGGCAUUUCUGAUGAUCAUCGCCACUAUUGUCUACCUGGUGGCAGUGAACCCAACUGCCCAGUCCACGGGGUCUGUCUACUACAGCCAAAUCAUCCAACUGUGUGCCCAGUACCAGAACCAGAACCAGGCCCAGGGCAUCUUCCUCAACCAGUACCUCUACCAUUACUGUGUGGUGGAUCCCGAAGAGGCCAUAGCUAUCUUCCUCAGCUUCCUGGUGUUUAUUGCCCUCAUUAUCCUGCUGGUGUUUGCAGUAAAGACUCGCUCCGCGAUCAGGCGCUGGGGCCCGGAUCGCAUUCUCUGGGAGCAAGUGCCGGCCGUCAAUAAUGGUCUACACAACAGUGUCGGGGAGUGGGUAAAAAACGUGUCUGGUGAUCCAGGGGUGCUGGUGAAUGACCACAAUCCCAAAGUUAGGGGGUCAAGAGAGUAUCUGGACGAGCUGGAUCACAACAAGCCUCUUUACCUCCCAGGAGACUCAGACAUCAGCAGUUCUCUGGGAGUCCUAAAGCCCAGGCUGAAGGACUAUGACACUGGUGUGGAGUCUGGAAACGACCUGGAGGAGGAGGACUUCUCUGUUUUGUUUCCUUCCAUUGUGGAUGAGCAAGAGCGUCUGAUCUACAAAAAGGAAUUUGACCGGCAACACCAGGAAUACAAGAGCCUGCAGGCUGAGCUGGACAGCAUAAACCAGGACCUGGCUGGCCUGGACAGAGAGCUGCACCAACACCCUGAGGGCAGUCCACAGUUCCUGGAUGCCAUGCAUGAAUACACCAGACUGAAGAAUCUUAAGAAGUCCCCAGACUACCAGAUUAAGAAGAAGAGGUGUAAAUAUUUGAGGUCCAAACUGUCACACAUCAAAAGAAAGAUCAGUGAAUAUGACCGCCGGCCUUAAACCUUCACCUCUGACCGCCUUAUGCAGGGAACAAAUGCAGAGACAAAUUUGCAAUGUUGCUUUUAUAUUACAUCUGUAUCAAGCCAAUCAACUGUGAUUUUUAUUUAUUUUUUUCUCCAGAGGGGGUUGAAGGGUCUUUGAUUAAUUUUUCAAGCUCUGUGUUUCAUGAAGAACAAUCCAGGUGUAUUUUAUGUUUAGGCUAUAAAGUGAGAGAUGUAAAUUGAGAUGGUUUUGUUUCAGUAUUUGUUACUUUUAUGACGCAGUUAUUGUGCUUCUUUUAAAGCCUUUUUAAAAACAUGUUGACCGUUUCAUGUAGGCCUACAAAGAAGGAACAGCUAAAUAAGACAUUAAUUUGCUUGGCAUCAUUAAAUCACUGACCAUCCCUUGUAAAUAAUGUUCACUUUUAGACUUUAGAUACAACUUUUAUUGUUCUUUAGGAAGCUUUGUUUCUGUACUUUUUAGUGCUUUAGUUCAGUAAAUGGUGAAAUAUAUUUGUGGCUGUAAGUUCUUAUCAUAGACCUUUGUCAUGGUGGAUAUUAAAUGGAGAAGCCAUGUAAUUAAAUGACUAAUGAUGGCUCUGUCCCUCUGUGCCAUUAACAUUUGUCGAACAUUUGUCCUUUAAGAAAUUCCAUUACUCAU